AUGAGUUCCCAAAAGAGUGGAUUACUUGAUCAGAUAUUGUUGGAGGAUAUUGCCCGUUACUGUCCACAACAAUUUCUUGCUUUUCACCAAUGUAUGACAAAGCCAGAAGAAGAUCCAAAUGGAUGUGCUCAAGAGCAAUUCAACUUGGCAAGCUGUAUUAGGAGAUCUGUUCCCACAUUUCAAAGAAUACAAGGUGUAUGUGCUGGUAAGCUUCAAGCGUAUGAAGCAUGUCUAACUAUGAAUAAUAGCAAAACGGAAAGGUGCACCGACGAGCUUCAAUCGUUGAGAGAUUGUGCAUUUAGUUCGAUUGAAAAAUAG